CCAAUGAACAGCAGUCGGCUCCUCUUUCAAACACACACCACGCUCUAUAUCCCUCACACACACAAAUGCCAGCACGUCCGUACACAUGCAACCCAGUGAACAGAGCAGCAUCAGCCCGAGCCGCCUGCCGCUGCCUGUGGCAGCCCGAGCCGCAUCCCCAAAACACAAAGCUGGAAGCCUGUUGGGAGAGGAGCUCCUGCUGCUGUAUUAACACAAAAGAGAGGAGCGAGGAAUACUGUGGACCUCGAUUUUAAGGCUGUAGAUAAAUUAUCUACACUACUGGGGAAGAGCAGAGACAGAGGGGGCUGGAAAGCAAGUGAAUGCACUCCAGUCCUGCUGCUGCUGCUGCUGCUGCUGCUGCUGCUGCUGCUGCUGCUGGAGAAAGAGCAAGAGGAGGAGGAAUCUCCGUGUCUGGAGAGGCUGCAAGAACAACGUUGUCCUGCACAGCCAGAAGAAACGGCCACAAGUGAUCAGAGCACCUCCAGGCUUGUAGAUGUGCAAGGAGCACAGUGCAAGUUUUAGUCCUGGGUGUCUGGCCCAGUGAUUGUACCUCAGACAGGAGACCGAGGAGGAGGCAGAGAGGGAGACCAUGGAGGUGAACUUGGGUCAUGACGUAGCCUGGCUCUUUCCUUUCCUGUUCCUGCUGCUGAUGAACACAGUGUCGCCCGGUCAAAGCCAAGGAUGCCCCCAGCGUUGCGAGUGCAUUUCUAAGAUGAAUACCGUGUCCUGCUUUGGUAAACGUCUGUCCGCGUUGCCGGAUGGAAUCCCAUCGGAAACCAAGGUCUUGGACCUAAGUGGGAAUAAACUCCGUUGGGUAGAACAGGGGGAUCUGCUUUCAUAUCCGCGCCUCGAGAGGCUGGACUUGAGUGAUAACAUGAUAAGUGUCCUGGAGCCUAACGCUUUUUCUAGUCUCCAGAACCUGCAGUCACUUUCACUGAGGGGUAACCAGUUAAAGCUGGUCCCCAUGGGGGCUUUCUCCCAUCUCGCCAACUUAACUUCAUUAGACCUUAGUGGAAAUAAGAUUGUGAUUCUUUUGGACUUUACUUUCCAAGAUUUGAAAAGCCUGAAGAACCUGGAGGUUGGAGACAAUGAUCUGGUCUACAUUUCCAAUAAGGCCUUCCUGGGGCUAAUAGGACUCAAGGAGCUGACCAUUGAGAGGUGCAACUUGACUUCGGUGUCCAGCCAGUCUUUGUCAUACCUACAGAACCUUGUGACGCUACGGCUCCGCUACCUCAGUAUCUCCGCCUUAGAGGACCAGAACUUCCGCAAGCUGGGAAACUUGAGGGGCCUGGAGAUUGAUCACUGGCCCUUUCUGGAGUACAUCUCUCCUCACAGCUUGCAGGGUCUUAAUUUGUCUUGGCUGUCCAUUACGCACACCAACAUCACCUCUGUGCCCACCUCCGCUCUGCGCAGUCUGGCUCACCUCACCAGCCUCAACCUCUCUUACAACCCAAUCUCUGUGUUGGAGUCCUGGGCUCUGCGGGAUCUCGUCAGGCUGAAGGAGCUCCAUCUCGUGAGCACUAACCUGGCAGUAGUGCAGCCUUAUGCACUCGGUGGUCUCAGACAAAUCCGCCUUCUUAACUUUUCUACUAACAAUCUGGUGAGCCUGGAAGAGGGAGCUUUUCAGUCCGUCAACACCCUGGAGACUCUGCGUUUGGACAGAAACCCUCUGGCCUGUGACUGCCGCUUGCUUUGGAUCCUCCAGCGCAGGAAGACCCUCAAUUUUGACGGCGCCUCCCCCGUGUGUGUCGCACCUGUCGAGGUGCAAGGACGGGCUCUCAACGCUUUCUCUGACUCGGCCCUCUUCGAUCACUUUACCUGCCAGAAGCCAAAAAUCCGCAACAGGAAACUGCAGCAAAUAUCUGCCCGUGAGGGGCAGGUCGUCUCGUUUAUUUGUAAAGCAGAAGGCGAGCCAACGCCGGCGAUAUUUUGGAUUUCUCCUCAGCGCCGCCGGAUAACCACAAAGAGUAGCGGCCGAUUAACUGUACUACCAGAAGGCACGCUGGAAAUACGGUACGCCCAGGUAACAGAUAGUGGAACGUACAUCUGCAUAGCUAGCAACGCUGGAGGAAAUGACACUUAUUUUGCCACACUUACAGUAAGCGGGCUGCCGCUAGACGCAGCCCUCAUGGCCAACCGUAUGUAUUAUACUGGGGACCUUAAUGACACAAAUCUGAACGAUACCAGAGUCUUCUUAAAGUUCACUCUCGACCUGAAGACCAUCCUCAUAUCUACGGCCAUGGGCUGUAUCAUGUUUCUGGGAGUGGUCCUGUUCUGCUUCAUACUGUUGUUUGUGUGGAGUCGAGGCAGAGGACAGCACAAAAACAAUUUCUCAGUGGAAUAUUCUUUCAGAAAAGUUGACGGACCUGCAGCCAGUGGCGGGCAGGGUGGAGCGCGCAAGUUCAACAUGAAAAUGAUCUGAAUGCUCAUAACCCCCCAUCUUUCUUAGUAUUCGUUCUUUAUAAGGAGUUACAAACUACAGCCAUGGAAAUGGACACUUAGAUUAACAUUGUAUGGGACAUUUAAUUGAGCAAAGGUUUUUGUUAUUGAGGAACUACUGUAUGCAUGCAAAAAAGGAAGUCUGUGACACUUUGAUAUAUUUCUACUCCUCUUUGUUGUGUGUUGAUAUUAACGUGAAGAGGAAAUAUCAUUUAACAGUUAAAUGUACUGUAUAAAAACCUCAAACAGACUGUUAGAAGACCAAGCAACUACAGAACUCUGACAGUACCCCUAUAAAGCUGCCAACUCCAUCUUUCUUCCCAUCUUUUAAAGAAUUUUGCUUCACUUCUCUGCUCCAUAAAGUGGUUUUUAUCUCAAAACUGAUUAAUUCAAAUUUACAGGGCGGUGCUCUGUGAUUGCCAAGGACUUGCCAAUAUAUAUUUGGAUACUUCCAGCUAUUUACUGCAUAUUUAGUCUUAGUAAUAGAGGCUCCUUUUUGUGAAAACAUUUUACUGAUGGUGAGUUCCUAUAAAAUGCAUAAUAUCUUUGAGACCACACUCUGCAACACUGCCAGUCUGACCUUAAAGCAAUAUGUAAUAUCAAUGUCUGUCCACUUAUUUAGUAGAGAAAAGUUACUUUUUGUCUGGAUACUGCAAGAAGAUGCUUGAAUGUGUUUUAAGCAGAACUACAGUUCAAACUACAAUGGGGCCCAAGUCAUAGACGUGUGGUGACAAAUCAUAAAGAUGUAUUUUUUAGUUUGAUUUUCCAUGAUUGUUCAGUGAAUCUGUACAAGAGAUUUGCCCUCAUAAUCUAAAAAAAAAAGAAAAAAAUUAAAUGAAUGCAUGUUUGAACUUUUGCUUCUUACUUUGGAUAAUUUGUAUAUUUAGAUAAACAGCUUUUGGGGUGCUUUCAUCUCAAAAAUUGUAAAGAUAAGAUACAAACUGUAUAUGAUUUAUUAUAUUUUGUAAUCACUGACCUUGAUAUUCUUGUGGCUGUUUAUAGUACUGUUAAGUGAUUUAUGAGAUUUUGCUGUUCUAUUGUAAUUAAAAUGUGAAAGUCUCUUUGAAAACAAAAUCUGUGAUAUAAAGUGAAGUUAUAAA